AUGUUGAGCAACAUUACUCCAUCAUUGCAGAGAGUGUCAACUGGAUUCGUGCGUUCAUUCGCAUCGGCCACAGUUGUCAAGUACAACUCAUUCGGAAAGCCAGAGGAAGUCUUCAAAGUAGAGAAGGAUAAUGUAGCAGACAAUGUUACAUCGAAUGAGGUGUUGGUCGAGAUGAUUCAUGCACCAAUCCACCCAGUGGACAUUAACUUGGCAGAGGGAACUUAUGGCAUCCGCCCCAAGUUGCCAUCGAUCGCCGGUACAGAGGGUGUCGGCAUUGUCAAGAAGGUUGGCGCCGGCGUCCAGGGACUCAAGCUGAACGACUACGUCGUGCCACUGCUCUCGUCCACUGUGGCCGGCACCUGGAGAACCCAGGGUGUCUUCUCGGAGAAGCAGCUGCAGAAGGUGCCCUCUGACAUCCCAACAGAGUACCUCUCAGCCGUCUCGAUCAACCCAUGCACUGCUCUUCGUCUGCUCGACGACUAUGUCACACUGAAGGCCGGCGACGUCGUCAUUCAGAACGCCGCCAGCAGCAUGGUCGGCCUGUCGCUCAUCCAGAUCGCCAAAUCACGUGGAAUCAAGACGAUCAACGUCGUCAGCCGCAGCCCAGACUACGACGAGCAGGUCACCCUUCUCAAGGGCCUCGGCGCCGACAUCGUUGUCGACGACGAGUACAUCCGCACACCAGAGUUUGCGCGUCUGAUCGCCGACCUGCCCCGUCCACGUUUGGCACUCAACGCCGUCGGCGGCCAGUCAGCCACCGAGCUGGCCCGCGUGCUGGGCGAUGGCGGCCACCUCGUCACUUAUGGCUCCAUGUCGCGUCGCGCUGUCACCGUGCCCACCAGCCACCUGGUGUUCCGUGACAUCACCGUACACGGCUUCUGGCUCACCCGCUGGAUCGAGAAGCACAGUGCACAGGAGCGUCAGGCCAUGUUUGACACGAUCUUUUCACUCAUCCGCAGCAAGCACCUCAAGCUCUGGCUGGAGAAGCACAAGUUCUCUGACUUCCAGGGUGCUCUCGCUCGCUCCCAAGAACGAGGCAAGGGUAGAAAGAUUGUUCUCGAUUUACAAUUGUAA